AUGUUUUCACCAAUCCUACCCCUUAUCCAAUCAACCUAUGUUCUGACAUUACUCCAGAUUCUUCUAGGACCGGACAACCAUCUGGGGUGCUUGGCUGAACCUCUCACUGACUCAAACCAUCAUCAUCAUCAUCAUCACCACCACCACGGUCACAAACAUCACAGUCAUCAUAAUCACCAUAAUCAUCUCUACUCUCGGGAUGAUACAGAGCAUCAUAACCCCCAUCUCUUGCAAAGCUCGCUCAAGUUUUACGACCCAUCCGCAGAUCAUCAAAACCAUCUCGGCAAAGGAGAUAACUAUCAAUUGGUCUUUCAAUCCAUCGGCAAGACUUUCUUUGACGAAUGGGAUUUCUUUUCAGAGCAUGAUCCGACACACGGGAUGGUAGAAUACCAAGCAUCCGAGCCCGCAUGGACCAAAGGAUUAGUGAUCCUCCAGCCGAGUUCGAUGGACAGUAACUUCACCUCAGCCAUCAUGAAGGUCGACAAUUAUACCUACUUAGCCGACGGUCAGAAUCGCAAUUCCAUCCGCUUGACCUCCAAGAAAUCCUUCAAAUACGGCCUGGUCAUCCUCGACGUGAUGAAGAUGCCCUUCGGGUGCUCGGCUUGGCCUGCUUUUUGGACUGUCGGAGAGAACUGGCCACACGGCGGUGAAAUCGACAUUGUCGAAGGAGUCAACAUGGGCACCGUCAACCAAAUGACCCUUCACUCUUCACCCGGUUGUAAAGUUAAAGACAAGAUGUCCAAAAGCGCGUCUGGGAAAGUUUUGCAUACUGACUGUGACGCGACAGGCUCAGGUAAUGUUGGAUGUGGAGUAGCGGACCCUUCGAGCGCCUCCCUAGGCAAAGCCUUCAACGACAACGGCGGCGGCGUGUUUGUGAUGGAGUGGACGGAAUCCGGGAUUACUGUGUGGCGGUUCAAUCGGACCGAGAUCCCGUCAGAUCUUGCCAAGGGAGAGAACCCUCAGCCUUCCAAAUGGACCAUCCCUCCGGUCUCUCAUUGGGACCAGGAGGAUUGUAACAGUCUCAGUCAAGGCUUCUCUGAGCACAAAAUCGUCUUCGAUAUCACUGUCUGUGGCGAUUGGGCCGGUGCAGCUGACGUUUUCAAUGUAAACGGCUUGUGCUCAGGAAGUUGCUCCUCCGUCGUCAAAGAUCCGUCAGUCUUCAAAGACGCUUAUUGGGAAGUAGCCUCCGUGAAGCUGUAUCAAUAA